AUGUCCCUCCUUCAUACUUUGCGACGACCUCCGGUAUUCAACGCCUGGUAUCCUGCCCGAAGAUGCUUCGCUAGCAGCAGCAAAACUGCGGAUGCUGCACUGGCCGCACCCGCGAUUGCGUCAGAAGCCAAGAAGGUGGAUGGUGCAGAAGCCGUUUCAAGAUCAUCUUGUCCAGAGGGCACAAUACUGACGGGCAUGUCCUAUCUCAAAAACCAGCAGCCUGUUACUGCGAUGGCGGACGACGCGUAUCCAGAAUGGCUGUGGAAGUUGCUCGAGCCGAAGCAGUUGCCAGAUGAUGGUCCCGGAGGCAAGGCGGAGAAGUACAUGUUAAGGAAGCAGAAUAGGCGGAAGAUUCGAGAUCAGAACUUCAUGAAGACGCAGUAGGAUGUCUCGAAUCUGCCGAGCCUAUGGCCUCACCAUUAUUAGGUGUAUUGCGGGGCAACACAGUUAUCAUAUUCUAGUCUAUUUUCCUCCCAGGCAAUCUUAUGACCUUAUACGUC